AAUAAUGAUAACAAUGUAAAUUAGGCAUAUAUGUCAAUAGCAUAUACAGUUUCUCAUCGCCACAUUGGCUUCACAGCAUAUUUAGACUAUUUGCACAAUCCCCUUUUCAACCAUGCAAGAUUUCAAAACAGAAAAUUCAGCGAACUUAUCCCACCAGGUACAGCAGAAAUUCCAUCUCUGAGCCAGAAUUAAGCCUGGCAAUGCUCUGACGUUAAUGUCUCCGGAAGGGCUCGUUGAGUUUUGUUUUCGCACGUUUUCAGGAUACCGCAUCGACCAUGUAUCGGACAGACGUGUCGGGUCUCGUGCGGGCUCCCAUCGACAAAGUAUGGACGGUGUUCCGUCCCUUUGGCAAGGAAAUCAUGAGUUGGUGGAAGAUCUACGACUCGGUGGAGCUGGAGCACCCCGGGAGAGACGAGGUGGGAGCUGUGCGCUCCUUUGUCAUCUCCUCCGACAAGAGCCGCAUCCGCGAGGAGUUGGUGCUGCGUAGCGACGCACAGCACAUUCAGGUCUACAAGCUGUUGUCCAUGGAGCCUCAGACAGCUUCAAUCCACAACGUCUCAACCUCCAUUCGCAUGAAUGCAUCCGGGCUGGGCCACACGCGCGUGGAGUUCAACAACACCUUCGACUGCCCGAGCGCCGGCGUGGCGCAGGACGUGACCCGGCGCCAGUCCGGCGCCUACCGCGCUGCCAUCUCGGGCCUCGACCGAUUCUUCCGGCCGGCCGUGGGCGUGCUGCGCGUUCGGCUGCUGAGAGCCGGCGUCCAGUUCCCCUGCGCCCAGCACUACCAGCACCGCGGUGAGCCGGCGUGGACGCCGCUGUGCCCGCUCCAGGGCGCUUGCAGCACGGUGGUGGAAGUAAAAAAAAAUAAUUCUCACCCGCUCAAAUGGGAGAAUCGGGUCGGGCUCGUCGUAGGGUUCGCCACCUCCUGA